UGGCCAUUGCAGCGAGGGCAUUGGGUCUUCUUUUUCUCACACUCUCCGCGGUUAAGAUUCCAGAUUUGUGGAGAAGUUUCUCUUGUGUGGGAAGAACUGGCAAUCGAUCAGGAUGGCGCGGAGGUGCUCGCAUUGUGGCCACAAUGGCCACAACUCGAGGACGUGUCCGGAUCGCGGCAUCCGGUUGUUUGGCGUGAGGCUCACGAUGAAGGCCACGGACGGCGCGAGCGGCGUAGCGAUGCGGAGGAGCGCCAGCGCAGGGAAUUUGGUGACAAUGCAAGCAAUCGCGACGCCGACGAGCAGCUCCGCGGUCGCGUCGGAGCAAUCUGAGUCGGGCGGCGAUGGCUACGCCUCGGAUGGGCUCGUCCAGGCGUCGAGCUACGCGAGAGCGAGGAAGAAAGGUGUUCCGUGGAGGGAGGAAGAACACCGGCUGUUCUUGGUGGGUCUCCACGCGCUGGGGAAAGGAGAUUGGCGGGGGAUCUCGAGGAAUUACGUGACGAGCAGGACGCCGACGCAGGUCGCGAGCCACGCGCAGAAGUAUUUCAUCCGCCAGAGCAAUCUCACCAAGCGCAAGCGCCGCUCCAGCUUGUUUGACAUCUCCCCAGAGGCGGAUUGUAAUCCCCGGAGAAAUCUUCGUGGCAAGCAGGCAAUGGACGAUGCAACGAGCUCGGAUCCAAGGGAAUCUCCCAGAUUCCAAAGGCAUCUUCCACCGCUCGCGCCCCAGGAGGAGAGCAUUUCGUCAUCUUCCGUGGAAAAUCCGCGACAGUGGCUGUGUAUAUCCACGUCGCCAAAUCCAGCGGCGGAUAAGUUAGCGGGGCCUAAGCCCAAAACCCCUGCUAAAACCUUAGCACUGGAGGAGGAACCGGAGGACCUGACGAGGCUAAGCCUCGGCUCCGCCAACUUAGUGGCCCCGCCUAAUCUGGAGAAGCUUGCCCCCACUUCGGAGCCAAUAAGCGUAGUUUAAACCAGACCUUGAAAAACGUACAUACCUUUUAUUUGACUUUUUACUGGAGAAAGGGAAUACGAGCAGGAGGAGAUAUGGCGUA